CUCUGCUCGGCUCCGCCACAGCUCUCAGUCUGCUGGGUGAGAUCAUUACCAGACACCAGGCUCCGGGACCUGACAUUCACCGAUCGGAAAAGCAGAGAGAGAGAGAGAGAGAGAGGGACAGAGGGAAAGAAAACUCUGAUUUGUUACUACCAGCGGAGGAAAGCGAGAUUAACCCACCGUCUCCUUCCUCGGAUCCUCGGUGUCGUGAACUGACGGCGGAAAGCGCGGUCUUGUCGCUGACAUUUUCCCGCUGGAUUUGGGCUUGUAGUCGUAUGCGGGCUUGUUUUGACUGCAGUAAUAGUCCUGCUCCCCCCUCCUCCUUCCUUUCCUCACCAGCCGAGUAGCGGAUUUGCGAGGGAUCUGAGCGCUGUGCAGCUCCCCGAGUGACCAGCGAUCCUGCAGGGCACCAGAGCCUCUCUGCACCGCCGCGGAUCUCCACAGCACGAGUCAAUCCUCCGGUGCCUCAAAAGAUCCUCUAUCUGACAGGAAUUGGACACAAGCGCCAAGUUUCCAAUUGGAUUUUUUUUCUCCCUUGUACGGCUACCUUCCUCGCUACUGUCAUCAGAUCGGCUGCAAAUCCCAUUUUCGCCUUUUUUCGUUCCCAAAGCCCCGUUGACGCCAUUUUCCUCGGGGUUUUCUGUCAAAAAAUAUAUCCAUAGAUUGUGGCACCGUUUGACAGCUCCCCGGGAGGCUGUCAUCCCAUCCGUCGCUUGUGUAAAAUGUGUCUAAAUGGAUUGUAAAUGAUCUUGAUAAAAUAUUUACACGUUAGAGCCGAGUGUGUGACAACAUUAGAUAUGGACAGUCCCUGGCUUCGCCGUGUUCCUGCGGGACUACCAACACCACCCCAGUAGCUGAUUGACAACAACCAACCAGCCCGACUGACAGCUCUUCUCUAUCAUCCUAUUGGCUGGCUGCCACAGCUUCCCCAAUCCUGAUUGGCUCAGGCGGGAGUGUGGAUGGAGCCAAGGGAUCUGGUUGGCUCGGCCCGACCCAAAGAGGCUGAGUUACAUGGAGGUAGGGUGGGGCCAAAUGAAGGGGACCAGCAAGGAGCCGGGGGAAUGGGUUUGGCACGCGGUGAAGACGUGGUUAACGGUGCCAUCAGCGAAGGGGAGGGGCUAGAGGAGCAAGGGGAGGGGCUUCUUGAAGAGCAGGAGUUCUCCAUCAAGGAAGCUAGUUUUCAGGAAGGAAGUCUAAAGCUGAAAAUCCAGACUACCAAGCGCACCAAGAAGCCCCCCAAGAACCUUGAGAACUACAUUUGUCCACCUGAGAUCAGGAUGACCAUCAGACCCCCGGUCGGAGAGGGCAAAGGGGGUCGGCAGGGGCGGAAUGGAGGCGGGGCAUCAGCAGGGCGGGGCCAGAAAGACGAGGAAAGAGGACCCCCAAGAAAAAGGACCUACGAGCGCCAGUUCAGAAUACCUGAGCAGCGAGAGGGGGGUCUGCUGCAACUACUGGGAGAUCAUACUCCGCCCAAACACCAGCUCCGCAGCUCCCUCCUUCCUGCGCACACACUCUCACACGCACAGCAAACACCGCAUGCCCACACACCCCAAUUCCAACAACACCAAAUCAGUUCAGACUGGACCACGUCUACAGCACCUUCUGCAUCCCCGACCAAUCCCUCGGAUUCUCAGACAUCCAGAGAGCUGACCCAGCCUUUCCCACGAUCAGCCACACAGAGCCCCUCACCUCAGAGAUCUCUGACUCCAGACCUGCAGCUGCCUGUGGUUACAGAUGCCAGUAUUCUUAACCUGACUUCUCUCAGCAGGGGGAGGGGUUUGCAGGAGGUCAGUGAGCAGCUCUUUGGGAACAUCAAAAGGAAGUAUGGCAGGAAGGACUCCCAGAGGAUGAUCAGUAAUCCCCACAGUGCUGAAACACCUUGGGGAAGACAGCCAGAGAAAGGAUCGGAGAGCCCGGCUAACUCAGAGGAGAGACAGAAAUACAGGCAGGAGGAGACGGCUGAGCGCUUCCAUGAAGAAAGAGAAGAGCGGAGAAAAGAGGACAGGGAGCGAGAAAAUGCUGGAAGGAGGGGAGAUGAAGGCGACAGAGGGAUGCCCAUGCUGACAGAGGAAGGGAAAGGAAGGAAGAGGCGGAGGAGGCCCUCUUUUGAUGAGUCUUUUUCUGUGGAUGAGCAAUCACAGCAAAGGCAGGAGAGUACAGUGAAGCACCAGUCUGGACCCCCAGAACCCAAAGUAGUACAUAAGACAGAGAAUCGGCUUACAAGUCAGACUGAUGUUAGCAGAGAGAGGACAGAAAAAGUUGAUAAAGGUGAGAAAAGAGAAAAGGUAGAAAGAGUCGACAAGCCAGAAAGAGGAGAGAUAGUUACAAGCGUUACUGAUCAAGAGUCUAAUAGGAUGAAAAAGAACCCCAUAGGUCGUCCUAAAAUCAGCUCAGAUGGCCUCAAACACAAAGAGCCAUCUCAUAAUCACAUCAACAGACCUACUAGUAACACAAACCCUAGACUUCCAAGCCCAAACCCCAGCCCUAGCCCAAGGAGUAGCAUUAGUCCAAUCCCAAGCCCUAAACCAAGGCUCAACAUUAGCCCGAGUCCCAGCCCAAGGCCCAGGGCAGCCCUAAGUCCAAGCCCCAGCCACAGCACCAGCUCCACAGCCAGCUCCAGACAAACUAAGGCCAAGGACAGGUGGUCCUACCUGAAAGCUAAAAGCCAUGCCAGUGUCACGUCACCCCAGAGGGACAUCAGGGCUAGCCCCUCUACCUUAGCUGACCCACCCUCAGCCUUCCCCAUCACCCCCUCCAGCCCCCUUUACACUAACACAGACAGCCUGACAGUCCACACACCCAUCAAGAGGAAACGAGGACGGCCCAAGAAGCAGCCGCUCCUAACAGUGGAGACCAUCCACGAAGGCACCUCCACAUCUCCUCCUAGUCCUCUGGCACAGGAAGGCUCUACAGGGCUUAACCACAGAAGAAAGACACACACGAUAAACACGUUAGUACAAAUGGCUUCAAGCACCCCCACCCUCAACUCACCCAGUCUGAAACUGAAGCGGGGCAGGGGUUUCCCCAGGCCGGUGAAUAAGAUGAAGCUGGGGAAAAUGCAGAGUAUCCUGAAUGAGAUUCUUUCAACUUCCAGUCAAAACGGCACUCUUGCUCUGAAGUCGGCCUCCGCCCCUGUUUCCUCAGCUAUGACCGCCAUGGCGUCCACCAUUGAGGCUCGGCUGGGAAAGCAGAUAAACGUCAGUAAAAGAGGAACCAUCUACAUCGGAAAGAAGAGGGGUCGUAAACCAAGAGCAGAAACCCAAGGCUCCAACACUCCAAAAACCACUAGGGAGAAGCCCCUAAUAUCUGUCUCCACUUCAAGUCUCUAUGAGAGUCCUGCAGUGCCUUCUGCCACCUCAUCUCCCAACCCCACUGCUCCAUCCAUCAGAGCCAGCCACCCUGAUGCCACUAUGCCCAGUUUGCAGCCCAUCUCAGCCUUGCCCUCCAAGCCUCCUGGCAGGGGAUUCCUCUCUGGAGGGUGGAAAUUGUCUCCGCCACGCCUUCUGGCUAAUUCCCCCUCCCACCUGUCAGAGGGGGCGUCUGUGAAAGAGGCGACCCUGUCCCCCAUCAGUGAGUCCCACAGUGAAGAAACUAUUCCCAGUGACAGCGGGAUUGGAACAGACAACAACAGCACCUCAGACCAAACUGAGAAGGGCCCGGCCUCAAGGCGGAGGUACUCCUUUGACCUGUGCGGGUAUGAGGCUGCUGAGGCGGCAGCUUUAGAAGCAUCGAACAGGAACAGCAGGACUCGUUGUGAUCGCCAAGUCACCGCUGUUGAUAACUUUCUGUCACAGCAGGAAAAGAAACAAAAACAUCAUCGGAGGAAGAGGAAGUGCCUACAAAGCCGUGACCAUCUUCACUUUCUCGCUGAACUGGAGGAGGUGGUGUUAAAGCUCCAGCAGCUACGAGUGUCUCACAGACGAUUCACCUGCUACCCCCAGCACCCGUAUCCCUCAAUUUUCCGCCUCAACUUCCAUCAUUACUACCCUGUGAGCUACGACUCGUACUCGUGUGACUCCAGCUCGUAUCUCCGCAGGAGUGCUGAUCUGAAGGCUAAGAGGAGACGUGGCCGCCCAGCCAAAGCCAGCGAGCCAAUCACAUCCAAGCUGCCUUUCGUUCAAGGAUACGGUUAUCCGCUGGCUGGGGGAAAUUACUAUGCAGCACCGUAUGCGAUGCCUUACGCACCUCAUCUGAGUCUGGGCUACUUUCCCCCUCCUCCCCCAUUUUACCUGCCCCAUCACUCACUAGGCCCUGCACCUCCAUCUCCUUUCAUGAGGCCAGCUGUCCCCCCACCCAAGGCUUUCCACUCCAGUGGACACCCAAAGCUCCAGCCUGGGUCCAAGCUGCGCAAUGCUAGUGCCCCCCUCCAAGGGUCCUCUUUAAGAGAGGGCCUGGGGUCCCUUGGAAGUGGCAACGCAGGAAGUCUUGCAGGGGUUCGCCUCCACAAGAGGAAGCACAAGCACAAACAUAAGCACAAGGAUGAACCCCUCCUUUCACUGCGAGACCGACAAGAGCUUGGCGGGCUCUUCAGCGGAGCUAAGACAAAUGCACGUCUUAGCAUGUUGAGCGACAGGAGGGACCUGACCAGUCAAAGCUCCUCAAAGCAUUUGGAGAAGCAGAGGAGCAGUGGGAGAGCCUCAGGCCUGGGGUCCAGCUUAGGGAUGUUUGAGUCGGACCAGCUGUCCGCACGCUCUCUCUCUGACAGUCAGUUCCACUCCAGUCAGACCCAACAGCCAAUUAACAGCUUCAUGAGCAGCUACAGCAGCCAAUCGCAGCGAUCAGGGUCGGCGUCUGACCUCAUUUUGGGGUCGCACGAGGACGAGUGCAGUGGCAGGAAUAGGAAGACGAGGCUCGCUGUGUUCGGAGAUCAGGGGCUACUGUCAUUUCAAACUGCUCGACAAGAGCCAGGACAAAUAAACAAGUGCUCCAGUCCCUCCCUCACUGGUGUUCCCGGUAAGCGGAGGUACAAGCGACGCGAGGUGGAGCAGAUCCAGAAGGACGUGAGGAGGAUGCAUUCUUUGAACUUUGAGCAUGUGCAAAAGAUCCUCCGUGCCAAGCGGCUGCAGCGACAAGCCAAAACAGGAAACAACGUCAUUAAAAGACGGCCAGGACGGCCCAGAAAACAGCCCAUAGUGGAACCAGAGCAGCAGACCAUCAGGAAGGAGGUAGAUCGGGUUGAUGGUCAGGGUUUGGACAUGUUGGCCGGUAGAAGAGGUGAUGGAAGAACUCUGGGGAUGCCUAUCCUUGAGCGGUGCGACGACCUGCCAGGUAGGCAGAGCCUCAGGCCGAGCCUGACCCCUGAACCUCUGGAGUUCUCAAACCAUGACUCCAUCUCUGCAACGAUUGAGACUGUGGUGCAUCAAGCGCGAUCUGUGCCUCAGCCAGCUAAAGGGGGGAAACGCAGAAGCCGAGGCCACAGCAGGGACGACUUGUGGGCUCCCUCUGGUCUAUAGACCCCAUUGAGAGAGAGACUUGCUAACAGAAGUAGAGCUGUUGUGGAGUUUGAAGCCUAUCAGAUGCAGUGCCCUUAAUAUUGGGACUUUUUGGUGCACUUUGACUUGUUUCUCCUCUCUGAUCUGUGAGGACUUCAGUAGAAGAACAGGAGGAGAGAGCGCCUCGUGUCAUCCCUGUUUGUUAAACCAGACAUGAGUCUUUAAAGGAUUUGUCGGACCUUCAUUUACAAUGGCACUAUAUGGUACUAUUUGAUACUGAAUCUGAUGCUAUAAAGUGUGUGGUACUUAUGAUAGCUUAGGAUAUUAUGUGAUUCUUUAUGUAUCUGAUACAGUGAUGUGUAUGGUACUCUAUGAUACUGUAUCUGAAUGUGGCUUUAGCCAUAUAUUUACCAGCAAUGGGAGGGGGAUGGUUACUAUUAAACUGUGCAGCUCUGCUUAUUUUUGCCUUUCUGAAGAAGCUUGUCAAAGACAUGUGGGAUAAAACAGCAGUAAAUAAGCCACCUUACCCUUUUAUAUGUCCCUGAUUUCUGCUCCUGCCCCUACAAGUACCUUCCCCGUUUUCUUCUCCCACAAUGUAGUAACCAUUUUUAUUGGCAGCUCCUCACUCCUUGUCCCUCUCCCAGUCCAAUUCCUUAGCCUACCCUGGUGCAUGCCGCUCAACUUUACCAACCCCUGAUCAUAUUCAACAUCUCACAUUGCUUCUGCUCCUCCCCCAAAUCUCCUCCCUGUCUCAUUUAUUCUCCCUCCCUGCUCAGGCCCAUCCUGAGAAGUGACAUCAAGGCAAUAUAGUGGAUGAAAGUGUCCCAGACUGUAUAUAGAAACAAAAGUCCACUGUCGCCUGCCUUGUUCAUUGAGAAACCAGCUCAUUUGCGUGUACUGGCACUCAGUAUAUCAAAAAGACUUGUUGUACCAUAGACAAUGAAAGUUGUGUAUUGUUUUAUAACCAAAAACAGACAUGGGUGCGACUCAAGACAAGUUUGUUUUUAGACAGAAAGAACCACGUAUAAUCAUUCAUACCCUCAUAAUUGUGUGUAUAACCAGGGGGCAUUGCAUACAGGAGGAAUAUCAGGUGUGUUUUUGGUGAACCUUAAAAUUGGUUUAAUGCACUAUGAAAAAAACCAUACUUGCAUCAAUCAAAUGCAGCACUUACAUGCUUGUUCCAGCCUUAUGUUCUAGCCUUCGAUGGUGUGGAUAUCCAUUCCAGAGAGCAUGCUUUAUUUUAAUCAAUUUGUAUAUGCAGGCUGCGCAGCCAAAAGCGUCAAACCGAAGCCCAGGUCUGAAUCCUGAUUGGACAGUUCAGUUAAAGAGGGCUCACAGUGUUUUGAAAAGUGGAUCACAUACUUUCUACUUGAUAUGGUUUUCAAUCCAUAUUCUUGGAAGUAUUUUUGUCAAAGUAAAUUCAGUAUUUAGAUUUAGAAACCAAAGUUUCAGUAUUCAGUGUAAGGAUGUAUUAUUUAAGAGUCUAAAUCAGAGUUUGACAAACUCUCCAUCAUGUUGGCACUAAAGUGAAGCAUUCCUCUGUGCACUUGAGAAUGUAGCCAUCUUGGAUUUUUGUGUCAAUAUGUCAAGUAUUUGUUAAACUCUAUCUGCAAUGUAUGUGGCUUUGGGUAGUGGUUGGUAUUUUUCUCGAAUAAGUAUUCAGAAUAUAAGCAAUGGAUUUGUUCUUUUGGACAUUUUUGUUAAAGUUUUCUUUCAGGAGAUUCUGUCUUCUUUGGCUGGGGUGGGAUUCUCAGUUAGCAGCAGUUGAACUUGUGCCUUAUGUUUCUUUCUUUCUUUCACCGAUUACAUUUGACCCCAGAAUAUCAAGUGGCAAAGAGUGCCCCAGAAAUUGACCCAAAAUAUUCAUGAUUGUGCAUAUGAUUCAUGUGUCUUAGUCAUCAGAGCCCUGACACUGCCCGUGUCCCUUCACAGCUUCCAUAGUCUGUAUCCUCUGUCACCAGGCGCCUCGUCUGUCUCCUUGUUAUCUUCUAUUCAGGCCCAUAUCAUUAGAACUGGAAGGGCUGGAUGAUAAAUCAUAUAUGUGGUAUGACUAAUAAAUAAUGAGAGUACAGUUAUGAGCAUAAAACCAUGUGGUUACCAGUUACACUGAGUGUUAUAUAUUAAAGGUUGGGUAUUCAGGGCAAUGCUUUAAGUUUCCAAUAAGUGACAUCUUUAGUUCACUGCUAUCUACUGAUGUAGUGCAUGUGCUUUUGCUAAGGUGUCAGAAAAUGAUAAGCUUAAAAGCUGAGCACUUUAAAAAAAAAUUGGGUUUCCUUAAAUUUGUUCCAAAAAUGUAUCCACUAAGUUCCGUGGGUUCCUUUUCGUCAGAAGUUUGGGACAACUUUGGUGCAUGCAGUUUCAUGCAAAAUUUGCUGAAGUGUCUCUUUAUCAAUGAAGACCAUUCCUGCUAUCAUUAUUUUACUGAGUCAGCAAUGUUUCUCUACGGUUUGUUCUCUUUGUUAAAUGUUUUCAGAAGUUUUCGAUGUGCAUGGGCACCCAGAACAUUCAUCGUCUUGGACAUCCUUAACCUGACACACCAGAUAGACUGUUUCAUAUAUCCAUUGCAUGAUUAUAUUUCACAUUCAUCAGGGAAAGCUCCCAGAGAAAACGUUUGGGAAGGGCAGGACUUCUCGAAAAAAGGUAAUUGGUAGAAGGUAGUUGGAGGAACAUUUUGUCUGUCACAGUCAUGAUUGGCCAACCAGAGCAACAAGACAAAAUGAUUUUGUGCACAUGCAGUACUCUUUCGCUGACAGGCUACCGCUGCCUUAGAUUGGUAAUGGUGGAGUUUCUCUGUGAAUAAGAUUGAUGCCAAGGCCAGUCGGGAAGAUGGGCAAAAAACAUCAUCUCUGCUAAGACAAGCUUUCGGUGUGGCUCUAUGCCCUUUUUUUUUUUUUUUAAAGAAAUGUGGUCUAGUUCUGAUUAAACUGCCAAUUUCCUACAACUACAUCAGAGCUAAUAGCUACUGCGGCAGCAGCCAUUAGAUACACUGGCAAACCACACCCAUAAUGAUUGAAAACCCGUGUCGCAACAGACCAGGAGAAGAGUGAAAACUUCUUUUCUGCCAUGAAAAGCUUUCAGUGUCAUUCUCUUCCAUUGUUUUAAUAAAUAAUGAUGUCCUGUUCUGACAAAACUGCUUCUGUGGCUAAGUCCGAGCUAAUCACUCCAAGGGCAGCCAUUGUAUACAACCACUCACACAUCAACUAUCCCUUUUUCUCAGUAACUAGCAAAAACUCAUGCUGAAGCAGGUCAGCUAAAGAGCAAUAACAUCUUUCACAUCAUGAAAAUCUUUUAGUGUUCUUUUUAUUCUCUAUUUCAUACAGAAACGUGGUCCAGUGUUUGGUUUCCGUGGAUUGGAACUUUCAAGAUGGAGUUGCCUGAUUAACAAGAUAGAUUCUGGCAAAUCCAUCUGCUUUGCAAGGUUAGCAUAAAUACCCAACCUUUUAUAAUUAGCACUCACUGUAGCUGUGAACCAAGUGGUUUUAUCCUCAUAAGAGCAGUGUCAUUAUUUAAUAGCCAUACCUUUUUUGAUACAACUGUAUUACAUACACAUGUACUGGCCGCAGAAACAGAAGGUCAGACAUAUCACACAUUCCUAUCAAGAGAUAGUGAUCGUACACGGAUAGAUCAUUUACUCUACCAGUUACUUACAACAUUAAAUUGGUUUGUACCCAGUAAAGGAGGCACAGAGGAGGUUGUCAUAAAAACCAUGCUCUCAUACAUUGUUUGCUAUGCAUCAGGCCACGCCUGGCAGUGACCUUAAAAGGAAUUUCAGUUCUGGGUCCACCCUUCGACAAAGAGAAUAAGUGGUCUUAUUUACUGAAUAAAAUGAAUCCAUGUUAAUGCGAUUUGUGAAUAAUACCAGUAAUAAUUUGUAAUAAGUUGUGCAGAAAGUGACUAUCAUUUCAUGAAAACUAUAGUUACUGCAGCUCUAUGCAGUACAGCCUUAACCAGGUGUGAACCUACAGUAUUGAAGUGUUUGUUGUAAAUAGUUUUAGUAUGUCCAUCCUGCAUGGAUACCAGUUGGGCCCUGCUGUACUGGGACAGUCUCCUUAAACCACAGUAGACCUUAUCUCCAUUAUAAGACUGCUUAAACCCCCAAAAUAUCAAGAUUUUUUGGGUUUGUUUUUUUAUUCUGAUAUACCGUGAGGCAUCGCUCCAGUCCAGAAUGCUAAAAUAAUUACCAAUUCACCAUUAAAAGUUCUUGGAGGAUAUAAACCCCACUAUAGUGAAGCAACCAAAAAUAGGAUUCCCAGCUGACAUGCAGCUUUUUGCCUGCAGCCAGCUAGUGCAGUGCAGAAGCAUAAAGAGUAAGCAAGAAGGCUGUGUUUAAGCUCUCAGAGGAAAAAGCCAAAAAUACACUCGUCCUCACGUUUGUGUGCUUAACCUUGCUUUGAUAGAUGACUUUUGUUUGGUCUGCAGUCUGUUGUGGUGAAGAUGAGGUCUACACAUGUGGUUCUUAAGGUGUAGAGACUACAUGCUUGGCAGCUUACUCCUCCAUACUGUGGUCAUUCAGCGGUCUCUGGUGUUAAAGAGUUAUAGACCCCAGGUGUUGUCUGUCCUGUCUGUCUCUCCUACCAGCCAAUGCUCCGGUGCCUUCUAACACUGACAAGUAUUGUCCAAAUCCAGAGCUUUCACUCGACACAGAGCCUGCAGAGGGGGAUGUGGCUGUGAUUGGGGUUCAAGGUUAUUGUUGUUGUAUUAUCUGGACCAGUAGCUACAAGAGGCCUCAGGCACAGAUGUAAGAAUCUUUAAGUUGUCUUUGGUCUGAAAGGCAACAAAGCAGUAUUUGACCUGAAAUCGGUGUCUGUAACUGUAAACUACACAGAACAGUAAUGAGCCUUGGAUGUAAUGUCAACUAAGUUUCAGUCACCCCCCUCUGUGGCAUAUUGUGAUGAGUGUACUACACAUGGAGUGAGGGGUCACAUGAGACAGAGCCUCAUUAAUGUACAUGUCACCAUCCUCACAGCAUACGUUACACUUCUAAGCUAUAAUGUUAUUCAAAGCUGAAAGUGCAGAUAAAGCAUUGAGAAAACCAAUAAAUGUACUUCUUCAGAGCACAAAGUGAGCUCUUCUAACAGUGUGGGCAUAUUUUAGUUUGUAUACAUAGUGUAUUUGAACCUUUUUCUAGAGUGGGUUUCCUUUAUUUGCAUGCUCAACUUGAUUGUAUGCAUAAAUAUUUUAGACAAGCCGAAAAAUUGAAUUUCAAUUGAAUUUGGAGCAAGACUUGUACAUUGUUUGAUAUGUUUCUUUUUGUAAUGAAUUUUUUAAUUCAUGAAGCAUUUUUGUACAUUGUAUGAAUAUUAAAAACUGCAAAUAUUUGACAUAUAGAGUAAAUAUUAGAUGCGCAUGCAUAUGCAUAUAUCCUUCACAGUAUGUAUGUGUAAUUGUACACAUAUAUUUUGUAUUUGCAUUUGCUAGCAUACAGAUAUAUGUCUUAAGCACAUAUAUACAUGCAAUAUAUAUGUAUAUCCAUGUCCGCUGGCAUGCUUUUGGUCAUGUUUAUCUCUCAUGAUCUUGUAGGUUCUUUUUGUUUUAGUUUUUUUUUUUUGUUUUGUUUUGUUUUGUUUUUUUAUUUCUCUUUCUUGAGAGAGAAAAGCUCAUUCUUUUGCUACCCUUCUGUUGGCUGGCAGCGUUGAGCACUUAUUAAAAAGAACUACAGUUGAAGUUGUUCAUGUUAUCCAUUGUGUGAAAUAAUAAAUGACUUUAUU